GUUUCAGCCAUCAACUUUGUUUUUUAUUCAAAAUUUCAAGGUAGCUAGGCUAUAUUCUUUCCUCAAUGGUCUAACCAUGUGCGCCCUGAUACUUUCAUAGGACCCAUCAUUGACUUAGGUCAGACCUCACCAAUUCAGCACCAUCUUGAUCCUUCCUCCCAACUAUUGCUUUUCACGCAGAUAAUAAAAUAAAUACAUAAGAAUGUUUGAAAAUGAUUUUGCAGAUUCACAUAUCUCAAAAGGGUGUAUAAAAUUCAUGAAUUAAUUACAAUACUAAUGAGUAAUGACAUUUUGUCUUCUUCUCAACAGGUGCUCAACGAUGAGAGCUUUGCGAUUCUAGUCCUAAUGGCACUCUUCACCACCUUCAUUACAACACCAACAGUAAUGGCCAUCUACAAACCUGCGCGCCGCACCUCCGCUCUUACUCACCGCAAAUUACGUGAUUUAUCCAACGCCAGUGACUCAAACUCUAAGGACGAGCUCAGAGUCCUGGCUUGCUUUCACGGCCCCGGAAAUGUAUCCUCGCUCAUUAGCCUUGUUGAGGCAACCAGAAGCACCAAGAAACAGCUUAAACUCUUCAUCAUGCACCUUGUUGAGCUCACUGAACGCUCUUCUUCAAUCAUCAUGGUCCAACGAGCCCGGAAGAAUGGCUUUCCGUUCAUCAAUCGUUUCCGCCGCGGCGAGUGGCAUGACAGAGUUGCCGGGGCGUUUCAGGCCUACGGUCAACUGGGCCGAGUUUCUGUUAGGCCCACAACAGCCAUCUCCCCUUUGGCCACAAUGCAUGAAGAUAUCUGCCACGUGGCCGAGGAUAAGAGGGUGACAAUGAUUAUAUUGCCUUUCCAUAAACAAUGGAGAGGAGAAGGUGACGAGUCAAUGGAGAAUUUGGGCCACGGUUGGCGAGGAGUUAAUCAAAGGGUGCUAAAGCACGCUCCUUGUUCCGUGGGAUUGCUUGUGGACCGUGGAUUCAGUAGUGGGUCCCAAACUCCGGGGCAUAAUUCUACAGUCGGUCAAAAGAUUUGCAUCAUAUUUUUUGGUGGGCCCGAUGAUCGUGAGGCUCUAGAGUUAGGUGGCAUGAUGGCUGAACACUCGGCAGUUAAAGUGACCGUUGUUAGGUUCAUUGAGAAAGAUGGUUUGCAAAGUGACGGCGUCGUAUUAAGGCGCGCGCCAACCAGGUGUAGCGAACAGAAUUACAGCUUCUCUACCGCCAAAAUGAACUGAGAAAAAGAAAAGGAGCUAGAUGAAAUUGCUGUGGGUGAAUUUAUGAGUAAGUGGGAUGGGGUGGCAGAUUGCGUUGACAAGGUGACUAGUAACAUUGUUGAGGGAGUAUUAACAAUAGGACGGAGCGGUGAAUUCGAUCUUAUAGUUGUUGGGAAAGGCAGAUUUCCAUCGAGUAUGGUGGCGAAACUAGCGGACCGCCAAGCGGAGCUUGCGGAGUUGGGGCCUAUUGGAGACAUUUUGGCGUCAUCAGGGCAAGGCGUUUUUUCUUCUGUGCUUGUGGUUCAACAGCAUGAUAAGGCACAUGCUGAAGAGAUGCCGGUGACAAAGAUAGGUCACUCUGACUAUGUGAAAUUCAAGGGUGAUGAGUUGUCAGGUGCAGCAGAGAUUUCAAAGGCUGUGUGAUUGGUUAUUACUGGUACAUGUAAAUUGUGUGAUUGGUUAUUACUGGUACAUGUAAAUUGUAUAUGUGUGUAUUUGUACCAGUGUAUGUUUCCGAAAUUUCAGAGUGGUGGACCGUUGUAUCUCCAGAAGAAAAUAUAAUAAGAAGUUGAAUAGAUCAUGUAUAUUGGACCUUCAAGAGGCCAUUUUUAUCAGGUAG